ACAAACCCUAGCUCCUCUCGAUCCCGUCCCCUUCCUCCCCGCCAGCUCCACCGAUCCUUCCCUCGAUCUCGUCGGUGGGGAGCACCGCGGCGAUUCCCCACCCCUCCCCUUCUUUCCCAUGGCCGAGGUCGGAUCCACGCUCGUCCCUUCCAGAUCGCAGCCACCACCUCCUUCCUUCCAGAUCGCGGCCGCCACCACCCUCCGGCGGAGCUCCCCGCCAUCCAUGGCCUCCCCACGCCCUCCUCUCUCCCUUCCCCUCCCUCGCACCGCCACCACCACCACUCCUUCCCAGCGCGUGCCGCCCAUCGUCACUCCUCUACUCUCCUCUCCUCCUAUCGCGCCGCUCAUUCAUCCGAGUUGGUGCUCACCGCAUCGCCACUCGGACCCUCUCCCUUCCUUACCACAUCACCACCCCAAGCCUCCACCGAUGGAACCCUAACCCUAACCCAGCGACAACAGCGUCGCGGUUGGCUUGCUCGCCGGCACGUGCGUGCGUGCUUCGAUGCGCGACGCCCCGUCGAGCUGGCCGGCGGCGGCGAGGGCGGCAACACGGGCCCGGGGCAAGGCGGUGGCGCAGUUCGUGCAGACCAGGCACCGCUCCUCCGGCAAGGUGCUCGGCGAGGAGGAGACGGCCGCCGAGAACGUCUACAUCAAGUCAAGUGCUGUUCUUGGUGGAGUUGCGCCUCCGGUGCACUCUUCGGGCUGCUCGGAGCCAUGCUGUCAGAGCUCUUCAUCAACUGGGCCAUCUACACCAACAAGGUGGGUGCAUCUCCAACCAAUUCUGCAGCGGUGCUACCGGACGCAAGGGUGGAGCCUGCGCCUCCUUGCUGAAGCUUCUCGCUCUAGCGGUCUGGUGCUAGUGAUCUCAGCCCGUAUAGAUGGAUUGGCCAGCAGCUAUGUAUACGGCAGCGGCGCUGCUGUACUACUACACCUAUGAUCCAAUCUAGAAGUGCUGGUCCCAAGACUCUGAACUAGCCAAGAAGCAGGAGAGGACGAGAGAGCAACUUUGUUGUGUGCAGCAGCCCUACAAACCCUUUCUACUAUGACCUGAUGAAGCCAUGAUGCUUACCUCGCUGGAGCGUAUCAACCCUAGCCAUGGUACCGCAUUCUUAGUCAUGAGGUCACUGUGCUACAACCGCAACAACGAUAUCUUCUCCGGUUAGAUAAGUCUUCGGUCUAUCCCAUUUUUUUUCUGUUACUUGGUUUUGAGAUGCUUAUUUUGGGACGAAGGGAGUAUUAUUGUGUCAAUUCCCUAUGUGAUAUAGAAGCUACGGUAUUAUGUUUUGAGUCUGUUGUAAUUGAUAAUGAUUUGUGUAAAAUUAGUGUAGAACAUAUGUCCUGUUAUCUUAAGUCAUUUGUGCAUGCUCAAUGAACCAUCUGAGAUUGAAUCAUUUUUUGCGUUCAACAUCUAGAACCAUUCUGUCCGUGUUGGUAUUCAUGCUACAACUGUGCUUUCUUGUCUCUUGUGUUGCGUGGUCCUUGUGGUUGUUACUGUUACAUGUACAUAUGCUUCAUGAUUCAGUCCCUAGCUGCUUUGUAUGUUUGUUUUUAUUCUGUUUCUAACUCCUUUUGUUUAUUGUUAGAUGCCUUUGUUCUAGUACUUUCCUGCUUACAUUACUGUUGCCAUUGCAUUUG